AUGGGUUGGGUGGUUCACUUUCACCAAGGGCGACAGCAUGAAGCCCACGUUGCACGGCGGCGAGAUCCUGUUUGCGUGCCACCCCCCCGUGGCGCUGGGCAAGCUGUCUGUGGGCGACCUGGUCGUGUACCGCGUGCCAGUGGAGUCGGAGCGCAUGUACGGGCUGAAGCGCGUCAUGGGCCUCGGCGGGGACGAGGUCUUCGUGAAGGGUCGUUCGAAGCACGAGGAGGACCGCUGGGAGAUCGUGCCCCAGGGGCGGGUGUGGCUGCAAGGCGACAACGUGGACGCGUCGAGGGACUCGCGGGCGUUCGGGGCGGUGCCCAUCCGGCUGGUGGAGAGCAAGGUCGUGUUCCAGGUGGCGCCCUUCGCUGGGGCGGGGCGGAUACCUCGCGGCAUUCCGGACAGCCUGGCGCACGUGCGCCCGGACCUCGUGCCGCCCCCGCCCGCGGCAGGCUGGUGACGCGGCGGGCACGGCCCGCGCACCACGUGUACUUCUCGUUCGGCGCGAACAUGGCCCCCGCGGUGCUGCGACGGCGUGGCAUCACCCCCGUCGAAGGUCCAGUGCCUGCCGUGCUCGUCCCGGAGGAUGGCUGGCAGCUUGAGUUCCGCCACCGUGCCGGGUACGCCACCGUCGUUCGGACGGCGCAGGGGCGCGCCACCGCGGACGAAGUGUGCCUGCGACCGGUGCGUGGCGCCGCGUACGUGCUGACCGUGGACGACUUCGAUGCGCUGGCGCGGGCGGAGCGAGGAUACGAGGUGCGAGAGGCGGAGGUGCGGCUGAGCGACGCACACGACUACGUCAAGUCGGGGGGGAGCGAGCUGGCGCCCGGGGCUGCGGUCAGCGCCAGGAUCUUCGUCUCCCAGCCGGACAACAUGCUUCCGCGCGGCCUGCCCCCGCCGUCGCGGUACAAGCGGGUGCUGGUGGAGGGUGCGCGGUCCUGCAAACUCGAGGCCGGCUACGUCGCCGCGCUCGAGGCGCUGCCGGAGACCUCGCCGCAGGGAUACGGGCUGCCUGACGAGUACUACGACACGCCGGCGCUCAGGCGCAGCAAGGCCGUGGCCGUCGCUGCGCUCCUGACAGCUGUUGCUGCCUUUGUUCUGACGCGGGCUUGA